AUGGAGAUUGGGGUGGGGGGGGGCGGCGUGGCGUGGGUGCAGGUGCGGGGCAGAGCACCGCACCCCUCGCGCAGGGCGCGAGGUGCAGGGGAUGGCCCGGGAGAGUCGGACGAGCGGCCCCCGACCUCGGCCGUGGCGUGCGCCAGCGGCCCAGGGCAGGCAGGCGUGCCGCACGCCGGCGCACGCCGCGUGCGCCGGCGGCCACCGCCGCUCCGGCACCGCGGCGGGCGCCGAGGCGGCGGCGCCGAUGCGGCGCAGGGGCCUGCCCGCCGAGGGAGCGGCGGCUGGCGGCUGCGGCUCGCCGCUGCGGCUCGGGCGCGAGCGCCGGGCCCGCGAGCCGGAUGGGCCCGGCGGCGGCACGCAGGUCGGGUACAGCCAGGGCCCCAGGAGCGGGCCCGCCUCGCGCGCCGCCGCGGGCCUCGCCGAAGACGGCCUGGCCUGGGGGGGGCCGAGGGCACGCCCGACACCGUCCAGCUUCGGCGACUUCUUUGGAGAGGCGGGGCCGCCCCGCGCGGGCCGGGUGGUGCUGCUGGACGCCGCCAGAUGGGAGGACCAGACCUCGGUGCCGGUGGCGGUGCUCCCGGCAGGGACCUGGGGUACGUGGUGCGCGUUUCCGAGGAGCUGGGCGGGCCCGCGCAGGACGAGCAGGAGGCUACGGUGGAGUACUUCACCGUGGGGUCCGACGGCAGCAGCUUAGAGCCUGCGGCCGUCUUCCACCGCGGAAGCAGCCAUCAUGAGCACCACCACGGGCACCACGACGAGCACGCGCACUCGCGGCACAGCAAGGCGGCGCCCGCGGACGAGGACGGCCCGCCGCGGCACCGCCACGGGCGGGCGGCGCACCGCCACGAGCGAGGAGGCCGCGCCAGGCACGAGGACCAGCUGCCCCAGGGCGAGCCCGAGCGGAGGGGCCAGACGACAUGCCGAGUGA